UGGAGUGGAUCGAUAGUAUCCAGGUUUCCUGACAGGGAGGUUAGGCGGCGCUCAAAUAAGGUAGUUUGAUAUUGAAUCAUAGAGUAAAACCAAGUAUAAGUAUAUAUAAGUAUAAGUCAUCAUGGCAUCUCUGUUUAAGAAGAAGACAGUCGACGAUAUCAUUAAAGAGCAGUCCAAAGAGCUGAGAGGCACCCAGAGACAAAUCACCAGAGACCGAGCUGCCCUGGAGAGACAGGAGAAGCAAAUGGAACUGGAAAUCAAGAAAAUGGCCAAGACUGGAAACAGCGAAGCCUGCAAGAUAUUAGCCAAACAACUUGUACAGCUUCGAAAACAGAAGAAUCGAACCUACGCCGUAAGCUCUAAGGUCACCUCCAUGUCCACACAGACCAAGGUCAUGAAUUCUCAGAUGAAGAUGGCUGGAGCCAUGUCUACCACAGCAAAGACUAUGCAGGCUGUCAAUAAAAGGAUGGACCCCAAGAAGACACUAGAAACGAUGCAGGACUUCCAAAAGGAAAACUUAAAAAUGGGAAUGACGGAAGACAUGAUCAACGAUACACUGGAUGAGAUCUUUGAUGAAUCUGGUGAUGAGGAGGAAUGUCAGGACAUUGUAAACCAGAUGCUGGAUGAAAUCGGCAUUGAGAUCUCAGGAAAGAUGGUAAGAGCCCCCUCAGCAGGGAAGAACCUCCCCGGCGCCUCCCCAGCAAAAUCGAAAGCAGCCACAAUCUCAGAUGCAGAUAUCGAGAGACAGCUAAAGGCUCUGGGAGUGGACUAAACUUCAUCACGCUCCACAACUGUCUGCCACCAAAGACUGAGUUCAUACAGUGGGAGCUGGGAGGUCUAUGGGGAUGGUGAAGUUAUUAAUGAAGGACAAAUGUCACAAAGAAACGUUCUCUUAUUAUAGGCAUGUAGAGAAUGCAAUUGGCCACUGGUCUAUAAUUGGAUUAAAUGGUCUGAUGUAGAGAGUAAAUCAUGGACUAAAAGUAAAGAGGGUUUAAAGGUAGUGUCCAGUUGCUGUACCAUUAGAGGCAUCAGUCAGAAUUGCAGUCUGUUUGAAUGAUGCCACGGAGACCUAUUAUGCCUGGAGAAAGCUAUCCUUUAGCAUUUCCAUUCAUCUUAAUGGCAGUUGUUCAGACCACAGGACUACCUGCUUGUUGUUGAAGGGGAAGCAUUUUUUUUUUCUUUUCUUUUCUUUUUUUUGCAAUUCUGUUUAGUGCUGCUAGUGGCAAGUACUUUACACACUUCACCUUUAAAUUAAAGGGUGCUAUCUAUUGCACUUGUGGCAAUGAAUUGUCCUAUCAAUUCUUUAAAUGUAGGUAGCUUAACAUUUUGAAGAUUUUGAUAUACUGCAUGGGAGUCUUCCCAUUUGUUAUAGGGCUAAUCAUCUCAAAUAUGUGUCAUAUAACUCAUAUGAUGAUCAUUAUGUGUACUUUUAUGUCUCUAGGUUUUGCAUGGCUUUAGAAAGUAAGUUAUGGAAACCACUUUGCUUCACAGUGAGGUUUGAUAUGCAUUCAUUCAAGUAUUUUUCUCCAAAACUGAACCGAAAAUAUCUUGCAUGAGAAUUUUUGUUGAUAUGAUAAUGAUAAUGUAAAUAAGUCUUUACUUAUCAACCUUGAAACAGUGCAACCAUUGAGACCGUUUAACUACGUUUUGGAUGUACUCUUUGGUAGAUAACAAAACAAAAUUGUAGGUUCAGAAUGGUCACAUUUAAAUUGAAUGAGACACAACGGGCCACAUCAGUACGGUGAAUGAAAAGAAUAGUCUUCAGGUGCUGCAGAGAGAUGCUCAAGCUUUCAUACUGUUUGCAAUGUCUCUGAUCUCAUUAGGGUCUUACUCUACACAUAUACUGGUCUGCCAAUAUGGGGGACCCAGUUUCUAUGAUGGAGGCCAACAAUGAUCCUCUAUGAAGUAUAAAAAAUGAGGGGCUGAAUGGAAAAUGGAAAUUUAAUAGGAACUGUACAUUCAGGCAGUUUUGUACAACUGUACUAAACUGCCUUUUUAUUUGGUUUCAUAUCCUCAAAAUGUAGAAACUCGCUAAAAACCCAUGAAUGUAAAGUAAUUGUUCACCCAAAAAUAAAAAUUCUCAGAAUUUACUCAUCCUCAUGAAAUUCCAGUUGUGUAAACUGUAUCAUACUAUCUUCUGCAACACAAACGAAGAUUUUUAGACAAAUAUUUCAGCUCUGUAGGACCACACAAUGCAAGUGAAUGGGGAACAGAACAUUGAAGCUCCAAAAAGCACAUAAAGGCAGCAGAAAAGUAAUCCAUAUGACAGUGGUUUAAUCCAUGUCUUCAGAAGUGAUAUGGUAGGUGUGAGUAAGAAACAGAUCAAUAUUUAAGUCCUUUUAAUAUGAAUUUCCACUUUUGACCAGCCCCAAGCAGUAGGUGGUGAUUUGCUCCAAGAAUGUGAAUCACCAAAAACAAAAGAAGGAGAAUGUGAAAGUGGACAUUUUUAGUAAAAAGGCUUGAAUAUUGAUAUGUUUCUCACCACAGCUAUCAUAUCGCUUCAGAAUACAUGGAUUAAACCACCGGAGUCGUACAGAUUAUUUUACACAAUUAUUUUGAUGUGCUUUUUGGAGCCUCAAAGUUCUGGUCACCAUUCACUUGCAUUGUGAGGACAUACAGAGCAGGUAUAUUCUUCAGGGAUAUUCACAUCUGGGAUGGCAUGAGAGUAAGUAAAUUAAGAGAAUGUUUGGGUGAACUAUCCCUUUAGGUGACAAACAUGCAUAUUUGUUCCAUAAUUACUGUUACAAAUCAUUUUAAAACGAGUUGAUGAGAAUUCUUAUUUGCAUAAAGUCACAUAUUUGCUGUCAUAUUGUGGUCAAGAGAUGUAAAGCAGUGUUACUGGCAACUACAGUAUGUUUAUCAGCAUUUCUGUUUAACUUCAUCUUCUCAACAUGUUUAACAGGUUUGCAACCUGACCCAGGCCUGAAAACACAAUGGGUUUUGUGCCUGCUUCGGGUCAGUUUGUCAAGUAGGAUUAUGUAUAUUCGUAGGAUUUUAUUCUAGGAGAAGAAAUAAGAUAGUAAGCAAUUUCGGGGACAGGUUCGGGCUUAAAAUCUGAUGGUAUCUUUCGGACCGGGUAGGGUCGGGCCACACGGUCUUGUGUGCGGGUCUGGUUCGGGUUUCAUUUUAAGGCCCGUGCAGACCACUAACAUGUUUUUAAAAAGGUUCCUCACCAAUACAAUAUGUAUAUAAAUGUACAGUUUAUGCUUUGAUUUGUUUUUCUAAUGAAUAAAGUACCUUCA